AUGGCAGAGACGAACCUUACUUUAGUGACUGAGUUCCUCCUUACUGCAUUCACAGAAUAUCCUGAAUGGGCACUCCCUCUCUUCCUCCUGUUUUUAUUUAUCUAUCUCAUCACCUUAUCGGGAAACUUGGGGAUGAUUAUUCUGAUCUGUAUGGAUAGCCGGCUCCACCCUCCGAUGUACUUCCUCCUGAGUCAUCUCUCUUUUAUGGACAUCUGCUACUCAUCUGUCACUGUCCCCCAGAUGCUGGCCAUGCUGUUGGAGCAUGGGGCAACUUUAUCCUCUCCACGCUGUGCUGCUCAGUUCUUCCUGUUUACCUUUUUUGGUUCCAUCGACUGCUACCUCCUGGCCCUUAUGGCCUAUGACCGCUAUGUGGCCGUGUGCCAGCCCCUGAUUUACAUCACCAUCAUGACCCAAAAGGCUCGUGUGGGUUUUGUGGCUGGGGCUUAUGUUGCUGGUCUCUUCAGUGCGUUGGUGCGAACGGUCUCAGCCUUCACUCUCUCCUUCUGUAGAACGAAUGAGGUUGACUUCAUUUUUUGUGACCUCCCUCCUCUUUUAAGGCUGACCUGUGGGGACAGCUACACCCAGGAAGUGGUGAUUAUUGUGUUCGCCAUUUUUGUCAUCCCGGCCUGUAUGGUGGUCAUCUUGGUGUCCUGCUUGUCCAUCAUGGCCAUUCUGAAGAUUCCUUCAGCUGGAGGCCGAGUCAAGACCUUCUCCACCUGUGCCUCCCACCUUACUGCCGUGUCCCUCUUCUUUGGCACCCUCGUCUUCGUGUACCUGAGAGAUAACUCCGGCCAGUCCUCAGAGGAGGAUAGGGUGGUGUCUGUGUUCUACACAGUGGUGAUCCCCACGUUGAAUCCCCUCAUCUACAGUCUGAGGAACAAGGAGGUAAAGGAGGCCUUGAAAAAGUUUCUCACCCAUGUCAAGUUGCCCUAA